AGCUGGCGGGCGGGCGGGGCAGGGUUCGGCGGCGCCUGGCGAGGACCAAAGUGCGUCUGCAGACCAGGCAAAACCCAAUUGAGUUGGACAGCCAUGCCCAGGUACUGCCGGGCUCCGAACUGCUCCAACACUGCGGGCCGAUUGGGCGCAGAUCACCGCCCGGUGAGCUUCUACAAGUUCCCACUGAAGGACGGCCCCAGGCUGCAGGCCUGGCUGAGGCACAUGGGCCUUGAGCACUGGGUGCCCAGCUGCCACCAGCACCUGUGCAGCGAGCACUUCGCCCCCUCCUGCUUCCAGUGGCGCUGGGGGGUGCGCUACCUGCGGCCAGAUGCUGUGCCCUCCAUCUUCUCCCCGGCGACGUUCACCGAGAGGCAAGAGAAUUGCGGAAGCACCGAGAAACCAGUCAUGCCUCCGCCUCCGCCGGAGGCCACGUCCCUGUUCCCUGGCUCAGCCGGCCCGGCCCCGGGCCCCGUCCGCCUGGUGGUGCUGGGGCCAGCAUCCGGAGGCCCCGAGGCCCCAGCCACCGUGAUCCUGACUCCCCUACCCCUUCCGCCGGUUCCCGCGGGGCCGCGCCCUGGAGUCUCGGCCCAGCACCGCCGGGCUGGGCUGCACGCGGCGCUGAGAGCGCUGCAGCGGCGGGUGUGGAGGCUCCAGCGGCGCCACGAGCGGCACCAGGGGCGGCUGCGGGCUCUGGAACAGCUGGCGCAGCAGCUGUGCGCGGAGAGCCUGCUGGCACGGGCGCGCCAGGGCCUGCUGCGCGCGCUCCCUGGACCCCAGGAUUCCCAAGCCUUCACCAUCAUCUGUGGAGGGGCUGACAUUGCUGUGGUCCUAGCCCAAGGUCCUGCACCUCCCACGCUGGAUGCCAAGCUUGAGCUCCUGGACUCUCAGACUCCCAGUGCAUAAGGACCAGGACAGAUAAUGUCACAGGACAGAUGACAGAAGACAUAGAAGAGAGAGGCAUCACACAUGGGCUUGGCCCAGCCGCAGCACCCACGCCUGGGGCAAAGCAGUGUCUCCUUCAGUGCCUGGCUCCCGCUACUAGGGACCCCUAGGGACCCCUUGAAUCUUCGGGCUGAUCCGGGCCCAAGAUCCCUGUCAGCAGUGAUUACCCUGGGUAUCAGAUCCCUGCCAACCCCACCUGGAAUCUUUGCAGUCAGUAAAACACCCUCAGGAGUUCCCCAUUGGCUCAGCAGGUUAAGGAUCUGGCAUUGUCACUGCUGUGGCUCAGGUCACUGCUGUGGUGCACGUUUGAUUCCUAGCCAAGGAACUUCCACAUGCCUCUGUCAAGGCCAAAACAACAACAACCCAUCAGAGCAGAACAAGGGUUGUUUGGGGAGAGUUACAUCUGGUUCUGAAGAGCCCCUCGCACCCUUUGCCAGGCCUAGUACGAAGCUGGGAAUACGGCAGUGAACAUAGCUGACCGAAGUCCUGUCCUUAUGGUGCUCACACCCUGCUUGAGUAGAUGAACUAGUAAACUAAUAAACAAGAUAAUUUCAGAUGG